UCCUCCGGAGGACGCUGGCUGCUCGCUCUGCCUUUCGUCUCGACGCUAUGGGCCAGACGCUGCCCACUCUAGGUGCAGUUUCCAAACUCGGAAACAAGCGAACAAACUUGGAGAAGGUCAUUUGUCAAUUCCGGGUGAUUCUGGUGGGCGAGUCGGGAGUGGGCAAGACUGCCAUCGUGCAUCGCCUGACAGAGGGGGUCUUCAAGGAGGAGCUGCAGAAAACCAUCGGAGUGGAUUACUACAUCCACAUGCUGGAGACGCCGGCAAUCUAUCGAGUCAAGCUUCAAGUCUGGGACACGGCGGGGGAAAAAGAACUCGGGACAAUUACACAAUCCCAUCUCCAGAUCAUGCUUGGUGGUUUGCUGGUGUUUGACAUAACCAACCGUCAUUCUCUAGACUACAUCAGAAGCUGGCUGGAUGAGUGCGGUGACGUGUUUGACCAAGGUCAGUGUGUCUUCCUUCUCGUUGGCCACAAGUGCGACUUGUCAGCUGAAAGGACAGUGCCAAAAGAGGAAGCGGAGCAAGUGGCUGCGGACUUGGGCAUGGGAUACAUCGAGACGUCUGCCAAAGACGACACUAACAUACAGGGAGCCUUUCACACACUGGCGUCUUCCAUCGCUGAGCUGGUGAAAUCUGAAGUCGACGCGGGAAUAAGCGAAACACAACGUCUCGUCCUCCUCAACCGAUGACGUUCAUCUUUGUGGGUCGGGGGGCAUCUCUGGAGAGAAAGAACUGGGUGACGUUUCGGGUCCUCAGAAUGAGAGUCCGGGGAGAGGGAGACUAGAGAUAUGGAAGGGCAUGGUGUGAAAAGGACACAUCAAAGCAGAUAGCGAUCACGGAAAUGUAGAAUGGAAAUGUUGACUGGGGAUGAAAGGUGACAAUGAGGCACACAUACGCGACCUUUAAUCUACAGGACAGUGAAACUAGUUGGAAAUCUAGGGUGGGGGAGGGAUGGAGAGGGAGGAAAAGCAAGGGUUACUUGAAUUUAGAGAAAUCAACAUUCAUACCGCUGAGUUGUAAGCUGGCCGAGGGCCUCUCCCACACCCUAGUUCUCCAUCUAGUUUCACUGUCCUGGUUAAUUUCACUGGUUGUUUACCUCGUUGCCAGCUUCCCCUCAGCCAACAUCUACAUUACCUUGUUUAAGAAGGAACUGCAGAUGCUGGA